GUAUGUGUAUGUAUAUGUGUGUGUGUGUGUGUGCGUGUGUGUGCUUAAUAAGAGGCCAAAAGUAGGUCUAUACCUUCAUGUACAGGAAUUUCUUGAAUAUUUCAUGUUUAGUGUCCCCCACCCCACAUUCUGUGUGUUACCUAUGGCAAGCCUGCAUUACCUCGACAGGUUGUUGGACAGGUGUACAGUGGCACUGACGGAAGCGUGGAUUUCAGAGGGUUUACCACAGCGGGACGAGCAGGUGUGAAGAGUAGUGAUCUCACUGCAACUGAGGAAAGGCAUUGCCAGUAAUACACAGAAUAGACACAUUGUGUUACUCUCUCUCUUUUGAUUUCACACACGCACACACACACACACACACACAUACACUGAAACUAAGAAUAACCAUUAGUCUAUUCAUGUCACAUGAAGAAUGAAUAUAUACAAGUGGGAAGUUGACAUUUCACUCUCCUGGGACGGAGGAAUUUCGGGGGACAUUGUUUUCCUAGGGACUGUGAGAAGUGGUGACGCAUGUCAGAGCACCAUGCUCUCAAGGCUGAGAACAAAGUCCGACUUUGGCCAUGGUUUCAACAACAAUGGCAUGACUGUUACCUUGGCAAUAUGUUGUGUGCUGCCCUCCUGCUAGUACUGUUGGCAUUUGCUACUCAAGGUCAGAAUACAUCAUCAUCAUCAUCAUCUUCAUCACUGCGUCAGUCAGAGUUAGUGGUGGAGCCCCAAAACCUGGCGGUACUGUCUGGCCAGCAGGCCCGCUUCAACUGCAGCACGACCACCUCCUGGAGUAGCAUGCUGUGGCGCUUGGAUGAGAGCACCGUGGUGAUCAUCACAGCGAGUGGCAUAGCGAGUGGCACAGACAACUCAUCGUCCGAGGUAGUUAACUGUUCCACGCCUCAGGUGUCCUGCUGGGAGCUGGUCCUGAAGAAGGUCGUCCGCAUCAACGCCCUGCAGCCCCGACGGGUCACCUGUGAACUUCUGAAUGGGCCGCUGACGACGGCUGCCCUGCACAUCCAAGAGAGAGGCAGUGUUGUGAUGACCGGUAGCAACGCGUCUGUGCCCAGUGGACAGAUGGUCCAGUUCCAGUGCCUGGCCCAUGGCUGGUUCCCCGUGCCCAGCGUCGACUGGUUCAUGUGCGGAGAGCGGCUCCUACCCAGCGCCUUCAACUCCAGCAGUGAGGUGGACCUGGACAGGGGGCUGUACAACACCACCAGCACCCUCAGUCUGGAGGCCAGGUGCAGCGGCAGCGUCGAGUGCCGGGUGUCUGUGUCUGCCAUGGCUGCACCACUCAGUAGAAACAUAUCACUCACUGUUGUGUAUAACAGGGACAACAGUGUGGUUAUAGCGGCUGUGUCGUUUGUGGGCGCCAUGCUUCUGAUCGUCCUCAUCAUCUUCUGCCUACUGUUCCAUCUCAGGAGGAGAAACUUAACAAAAGAGCCCCCUCAUCAGGAGACAGUGAGGACAGACCAACAUCAGAGCAAGCAGAACUCGGUUGCCGCGGAGACGAAGGGGAAAGUGAACGCAGGAUACUCCUCAGAAGACUGCUCAAGUUUUAGUGACACUGACCGCAGUGUCAGCAUACACAGUCGGAGGACCACUGCCAGUACUGCAGAGGUAGCCACCACAUCUGACCAGUUCGGCCUCUCCACACACUUAAAGGCCUAUCCAAAGAUGCCAGAUGUCAUCGUGUACUCUGAGCCAGUCUAUAAUAAUACUAUCUCCUUCAUCUCCUUCGGGGACAAGAGUGUUAAGACCCGGAGACAGGUCACCACAGUGUGACCCCUGACCUUUGGAUACUGUCAGCUCUUCCUGUUUGAAAAAGAGGCCAUGCUUCUGUGCUUGUGCUUGUGCUUUUUUUAAAUUGUAUUUGAUGGGGAUGAUGCCACACCACUGUGAUGCUGACAUGACAGUAUGUUACUAUGUUACCAGGGUUACCUAGCAACAAGAGGCAAGGAUCGAUCAUCUCACUGAUGUGUUACUAUGGGGAUACAUUCAAAGUACAGCAAUAGCUUGUACUAAGAAAGAUCCUGUCAAACUUUUUAAAUAACAUUAUUCUGCAAUCCCCCCAAUACGAUAUACGUGUGUGUGUGUGUGUGUGUGUGUAUGUGUGUGUGUGUGUGUUUGUGUGUGUGAAGAACAAAGUGCAUCUAUCUACAUUAGUUCAGUCCCUAGUGUAUAUAGGAUCCCUUAAAAUGGAAAGAAACACAUUUAUUUAAACUUUAAUAAUUUGUGUAUGACCUAGAAACCUAUUUAUUAUAGUAUACACACACUCUCACAGACAAACCAUUUAGGCAUAACAAUACAGUUUGGUUUCUCCACUUAUUUUUUAUUUACUUGUUUUGUUAUAAUAUUUUACCUUCUCAUGUAAUUUUUACGAUGUUUUCAUGCCGUGAAUGUUACCCAAAUAAAGUAUGUUUGUUGUUGCUUCUUCGGCAGCUCAGA